AUGGGAGACAACAGAGACGACAGGGAGGCAGCAGCUCCUGUCUCCCCCUCAGCGGUGACACCGCUCUGGACUCAUCUCGAAGAGAUGAGCCCCAGUGAGGUGAGCUGCUCGGUGCUGGAAAGUCUGAUCGCCAAACGGACCGAGUACUGGGAGACCUGCAACAGAACUCUGGCAGCUGCUGGACUCUCAAAAACUGGAAACUACUGCAGAGGAACAUUUGACACGUUUGUGUGUUGGCCCCACUCGUCCCCUGGGAACGUGUCGGUCCCCUGUCCCUCGUACCUGCCGUGGAUCAGUGAGGACGGCUCCAGGAGGGCGCACAGAGAAUGUUUAGAAAACGGGAGAUGGCGUCAGAGGGGGAACUCCUCUGAGCCGUGGCGAGACGACUCCGAGUGUCAGGAGGACCAGUUCUUUAAAGACGAGGAGGAUGAAAUGCUUCGACAGACAGCCCUCAGGCUCAUCUCUGUCAUCGGCUACUCCCUGUCGCUGACCUCCCUCACACUGGCCACUCUGCUGAUGGGCAUGUUGAGGAAGCUCCACUGCACCAGGAACUACAUCCACAUGAACCUGUUUGUGUCGUUCAUCUUGAGAGCCAUGGCCGUCAUCUCCAAGGAAAUCAUAUUAUAUGUCAUGUACUCCAACCUGCCCAAGGAUGACCCGGGGUGGAACUCCUACUCCAGCUCUGCGAUGGCGCUGAUGUGUAAGUUCUCCAAAGUGUGCAUGGAGUACUUUGUGGCCUGUAACUACUUCUGGCUCCUGGUGGAGGCCAUCUUCCUCCACACGCUGCUCUUCACUGCUGUGCUGACCAAGAGACGACUGCUGAAGAAGUACAUGCUGUUAGGAUGGGGAACUCCUGUGUUGUUUGUGACUCCGUGGACUGUGGUCAAGAUUAUAUAUGAAAACACAGAAUGCUGGUCGAUCGUGAACAGAUGGUUCUGGUGGAUCAUACGGGGCCCGAUCACUCUGUCAGUGCUCGUGAUUUUCUGCAUAUUCAUCAAGAUCCUGAUGCUGCUGCUGUCCAAGCUGAAAGCUGACCUGGUGAAAUUUACAGACUACAGAUACAGCUUGGCCCGAGCCACACUGGUCCUGAUUCCUCUGCUGGGAAUCCAUGAAGUGGUCUUCACUGUGCUGAUAGACGAAUGUGUGGAGGGCAGCAGUCGCUACGCCAGGAACUUCAUCAACCUGACCCUCAGCUCCUUCCAGGGGUUCCUGGUUGCUGUGCUGUACUGUUUUGCUAAUGGAGAGGUCCAAGCAGAACUGAAGAAGCGCUGGCAGCUUUUCCUGUUCACCAACCACUUCCAGAUCAGGGGCUGUUUUCGGGGCGCACCUCUCAAGCACCUGUGGAAGUGCACUCGAGGGCGUCGCCCCCGGUGCUCUCGGCAGAGCGACUCCUACGACGAGGGGGGCACUUCCGCGGUUCACCCCCACCUGCUUCAGGUGGCUGUGCAUGGACGGAGUGGAGUGAUCGGACUAGGAGGGGUUAAAGGUCAGGGGCUGAAGGGCUACGAUGCAGCAGGGCUGGACUUCCUCACCAGGAAGAGCCUGUCCAGCAGCGAUGGAGAGAUGACGCUCGGGGAGACCAUGGAGGAGAUUCUGGAGGAGAGUGAGUUCUGA